GUGUUAAUGCUGAAGAACUGGACGGCUCACUGAAAAACACCUCAGGUUUCUCCCUGCUUUCCCUCCUUGUUCUCUGGGUUACGCUGAACACGAGUGUGUGCCCGGAUCCUGGCGGCGGCUGUGAAAUACACAUGUGUGCGUGUGUUUGCUUAUGAGCAAGUGAUUACAUCUGGACACUUUCUUGGAGACAUCCUGUGGUGGUUGGCGAAGUGACCCUCCCCUUAACCCAAAAAUCAAACGCUCAAAACUGGCGAUGUCCAGGGUGCCGAGUCCUCCCCCUCCUGCAGAAAUGACCAGCGGCCCUGUGGCCGAAAGCUGGUGUUACACACAGAUCAAAGUGGUUAAGUUCUCCUAUAUGUGGACCAUCAACAACUUCAGCUUCUGUCGGGAGGAGAUGGGAGAGGUCAUCAAAAGCUCCACCUUCUCCUCGGGGGCCAAUGACAAACUCAAAUGGUGUUUACGAGUGAAUCCUAAAGGGCUGGAUGAGGAGAGUAAAGAUUAUCUGUCUCUCUAUCUGCUCCUGGUCAGCUGUCCUAAGAGUGAGGUUCGAGCCAAGUUCAAGUUCUCCAUCCUUAACGCCAAGGGCGAGGAAACCAAAGCUAUGGAGAGCCAACGGGCAUAUCGCUUCGUGCAAGGGAAAGACUGGGGUUUCAAGAAGUUCAUAAGGCGAGACUUUCUUCUAGAUGAGGCCAACGGGCUGCUGCCUGAUGACAAGUUAACGCUCUUCUGUGAGGUGAGUGUGGUGCAGGACUCAGUGAACAUCUCUGGGCAGAACACAAUGAACAUGGUGAAGGUUCCUGACUGCCGGCUGGCAGACGAGCUUGGCGGACUGUGGGAACAUUCUAGAUUCACAGACUGCUCACUGUGUGUCGCCGGCCAGGAGUUUCAGGCACACAAGGCCAUUCUGGCAGCACGUUCUCCAGUAUUCAGCGCUAUGUUUGAACACGAGAUGGAGGAGAGUAAAAAGAACCGUGUUGAGAUAAAUGACGUGGAGGCUGAGGUCUUUAAAGAGAUGAUGUUCUUCAUCUACACUGGCAAAGCACCCAACCUGGACAAGAUGGCUGACGACCUGCUUGCUGCUGCUGACAAGUAUGCUCUGGAGCGGCUGAAGGUGAUGUGUGAGGACGCGCUGUGCACCAGUCUGUCUGUGGAAAACGCAGCAGAGAUUUUGAUCUUGGCCGACCUGCACAGUGCAGACCAGCUCAAGACACAGGCUGUGGACUUUAUCAACUACCAUGCAUCUGAUGUGAUGGAGACUUCGGGGUGGAAGUCAAUGGUGGCGUCUCACCCUCACCUGGUUGCCGAAGCAUACCGUUCACUGGCCUCCGCCCAGUGCCCUUUCCUGGGUCCUCCCCGCAAACGGCUCAAACAGUCUUAGUGGCUUCUCAUACCGUUUCCUAACCUGCUCACUUACACACACACUUAAACACAACUGCCUACAAGAUGGGGGGGCGUUAUUUUAGAUUUACAUCCCCCCCAAGCUCUGUCCCUUUAGAUGCCUAAACCAGCUCUUGACCUGCCCCUCCCUUCACGUUAUCCAGACAGAACCUUUUGGCACCGAGGACCAUCUUUGUGUCUGUCCUCAAUUUUGGGGAGUGUGGAGGCUGCCACAGGUCGAUUCCUGUUCAAGAAGCAAGGCCGACCUGGAUCAGUCAGUUCAUCUGUCCAGUAGAGAAAUGAUUGUGGAUUCAGAGUGGGCAGGUGGAUCAGGGUUGAGCUUUCAGGUUGGGCGGGUAAACACGAGAUGGAUUAAGACUAGACUUUAUACGUAACUCCUUCCACUGGGACACUGUGUGCUCUCCUUCACUGUGUGAAUCAGUUCUCCAUCUCCACUUCCUCCUUACUUCAUAAAAAAAGAAGAAACACAAUCAGUUGAUAGACAUUCCCCUUUAUGGUCAUGGAUGGAGGGAUCUCUCUUUUAAACGGAAUGGAAGACUAACUCCUUUAUCGUUGCGAAAGUACUUUUAAAUAGGUAGCAUGUGUCUUCGUAAUGACGACAUCAGUAGAUUCCUGUGUGACUUUAUGAAUCACGUGAUGACAAACCAAUUUUUUUUCCAGAACUGUCCUCCGUUUCUUGGGAAAUUGAGCCUAAAAUUUGUCAACUCCAUGAAAUUUUGGCCUAAAAACAAGCCUAGCUUCCAAACGUUUAGGUGGACUUCGGAUGGUUUGGUCUUCGUUUACAUGGCGAAAAAAUAAAUUGACAGAUUUGUUGAGUGAUGUAAAAAAAAAAAAAAAA